AUGAGGAGGAGGAGGAGGAGGAGGAGGAGGAGGAGGAAGUUGAAUUGGCCGCUGCUAAUCCGCUCCAGAUUUGUUUCGGCAUUUCGCUCCUUCUGGCAUACCAUGACUUCAAAUGACAGACACGCCUCCCACGAUUCUCCCUACCGAAGCGGUCAACAUGUUCCCCUCAGCCAAAACCGCAAUGCUCCUCUCACUUCCGUGGUCACAAGCGCAGUCGAAUCUCGUCCAGAUUUGACAUCUCUCGAAGACAAUCCUGCCCAACGAUCGUCCAGCCCGGGCUGGACGGGUUCGCAGAGGGGAGUCACGCCUCCUGUUCGACCCUACUCACCAGGAAUAAGGUCGCUAUCAUCCCAGCAAAGGAAAUCAGCCGAACACAUUGGCGCCGGUAGCGUCCCUCCCACGGAGAUACAAAUGCAAAGUUUCCAUGACGGCGCCCCCCUGCCUCCUCCAGUUUCGCAUUCUUGGAAAAAGAUUGAUCUAUGGGCGGAAAAGAACUACGAGGAGCUUUACGAUCAGUUGUGUGAAGGAUGCUCUCAGAAUGAUGUCAAUGAGCUGGAACACGAAUUGGACUGCAGUCUUCCACUCGAGGUUCGGGAAUCCUUACAGAUUCAUGACGGACAAGAACGCGGUGGAACGCCAACUGGCAUCAUAUUCGGCUGCAUGCUGCUCGAUUGCGAGGAAAUUGUCCAGGAAUGGAAAAAUUGGAGAACCGUAAACGAGGAAUUUCUCAGUACUUCUUCAUUCUCCCCUCCUCAACCACCCUCGAAAGUUUUUGGCGGCAGCUCACCUGCUUCUUCCUCAUCUGGGCCUCCGCCAACCCAAACAGGCUCGAACACAUUGUGGAGACAGGAAUUGUUGGACAAACAGGACUCACAACCACCAAAGGCCAUCCAGAAAGCAUAUGCUCACCCAAGCUGGAUUCCGCUUGCUCGCGACUGGGGUGGAAAUAAUAUUGCCAUCGAUCUAGCGCCAGGUCCCUCGGGAAAAUGGGGUCAGGUGAUCCUAUUUGGUCGUGACUACGACUGUAAAUACGUUGUUGCGCGUUCAUGGGCUGCGUUUCUAGCCAUUGUUGCGGAGGAUCUAUGUUCCCCAAAAUCUUUUGUGGACGAAGACUCGGGUGAACUUAAACUAAGGCAAUUCAAACAACCAGGUGUGGAGCCACCUUAUCUUGAAAUCCUUCGCUGGCGUGCAGAUCAAAAGUAUGGCCGGAAGCCACCAAGGAGAAAGCCAACGAACAGCCUUGGUGUGAAUACUAGUGUGAAUGGAAACCGAGAUUCUCCAUAUGGAACCCCAACCGUCAACGGUGACGAACGCGGACGUUCCCCCCACCGAUUCCCCUCUCGCGGCCCAAAUGCCAGCCCAAAGACGACAUUUGGCAUCUCAAGCCCUCUCUCACGAGUCGCGGAGGAGACAACGUCAACGGAUGUUUCAGAUCCCAGUAACGACAAGGUAGAUGUCCCUUCAUCGUCAAAUUCUGAUACUUUUAAGAAGCUGGAUGAGCCGACGGAACUUGCCUCCCCUUCCACUACAACAAACACAGUGAGCACAACCAAUACCGCCAACACAUCGAUUGGUGAAGUCACCACCAAAGAAUCCGCUGAGCAAGGGUCAACUUCUGGCAAUUCAAAAGAAAAGGAAAAGGAAAACCGCAAAAGCAACGUAACGACACCACGCUCACCGACAGGACUGGAGGCUGAGGCUUUGGAGGGGAUGAAAAACGUCGCCAUCUAA